AUGUCGGCGCGGGUGGGCUCCGUCGCGGACAACAGGGCCGGCGGGUGGUACUCGUACCGGGCGAGCAAGGCCGCGGUGAACAGCAUCGCCGGCAGCCUGGACAUCAUGCUGGCGGCGAGGAGCGGCGACAAGGCGGUGGCGCUGGCCUACCACCCGGGCACGGUGCGCACGGACUUUAGCCGGCCGUUCUGGGGGCGCGUCCCGGAGAAGCAGCUGUUCAGUCCCGAGUACGCGGUGGAGAGGAUGGUGGCGGUGGUGCGGGGGCUGGACCUGCGCGACCGGGGGAAGUGUCUGGACUGGAAGGGGGAGGUCAUCCCGCCGUAG